AUGGCGGCGAUGGCAGGACCCACGCCCGAGGAGCAGGUUCAGGACCUCUGGUACGACGACGGCAACGUCAUCCUCUGUGCGGGACACAGCUGGUUCAGGGUGCAUCGGACCAUGUUGCUGCAACAUUCUCCCGUCUUCCGAGACAUGUUCAUGAUCCCUCCAUCUCCCGACGUGGAGAUGAUAGACGGAUGUCCAGUGAUUUUCCUACCGGACGAUCCCACGCAUCUCGAGUACCUCCUGCGCACCAUAUACUACAUGUCGCGUCCCAUCAUCCAUUCAAACGGCCCCGCCGAAAGCUUCCUCAGGAAUAGCAGGGAAACGCGCGUCGUACUGGGCAUCAUCAGCCUCGCGCACAAGUAUCUCAUGCGGGACCUGCUUUCCGAGGCAACCAAGUGCAUCUGCGCGCGGUUCCCUUCGACGUUCGCCGAGUUUGUCCGCACGAUGGACAGGCCCCGCGCAUACUGUGUGUCCAUCGCCCGGCCCGAUGCCAUCCUCAUCAUCAACGUCGCUCGCCGAAUCCAGCCCUCGCCCCUCGACGCCGUCCUCCCCUUCGUGUUCUACCUCUGCUGUCAGCUCGACCCGAGCCUCCUCACGGAGGGCGUCCUCAGCGCGGACGGCACCGUGCAACGCCUGUGCACAGAGGACCUCAUGCGCUGCCUGAACGGCCGCUUCGCGAUGCUCAAGGCGAACGUCGAAGCGACCAAGUGCUUCCGCCUCCCGCUCAGCGGUCCCUUGGGGACAUGCAGGGCGAUCGCGUGCAAGCGCGCCGCACGGGAGAUCACGGAGCUUGCGGAGCUCGACGGCCUGUAUUCGCGCAUCGACGCGUUCGCGAGCAAGGACGCGUGGAUCGUGAAGAUGGCGCAGAUUUUUGGGCUGUGCGAGAAGUGCACGAGGGGCCUCGUUGAGGCCCAUUAUUAUGGUCGCGAGGCGGUGUGGGACGAGUUGACGACUAUCUUCAGGCUUGACUAG